AUGAGCUGUGACGAGAUGAGCCGCCGCCGCCCACGCUCGCCGCCGCCGGUGCCGCCGCUGGACGAUGACAACCUUCUCUCCGAGAUCCUCCUCCGCCUCCCACCAGAUCCGUCCUCCCUCCCUCGCGCCUCCCUCGUCUCCAAGCGCUGGCUCGGUCUUGUCUCCGACCCCGGCUUCUCCCGCCGCUUCCGGCUCCACCACCGCGGCAACCCUCCUCUCCUCGGUUUCUUCGACCCCUUGCACUUCGUACCUACAAUGGAUCCCCCCAAUCGUGUCCCGGAUGGCCGCUUCUCCUUGUGCCCAGACGGCAAAGAUUGGGGCGGCAUCUUCAUGCCCUUGGGAUCCCGCCAUGGCCUCCUACUCGUCUUCCACCUUUCGCGGAAGCUGCUCCUGGUGUCGGACCCCUUCAACGUCGACCAGCACCGCCUUGCCGUUCCCCCGGAGUUCGAUAUGGAGUCGGCCCGGUUCAGCGGGGCGGUGUUUCGCGCCACCGGAGACAUCCUACACUUCCAGGUGGUGUUGGUAACCACAGAGACAGACGAGCAGCAGCAUACAAGGGUCAUCGCCCGUGUUUACUCGUCGGAGACUGGAGGAUGGGGCGAUCGCAUCUCAACACCACUACCAUCCAAACUUCCCACCAAGAGUCGUAUGGACUUUACUAUGGGUGUGCUAGUUGGUCAUUCCCUUUACUGGCUGUUCAAUGAUAGAUCAGCAACAGCUGAAAUUUUGGAUGGCAUCCUUGAGUUUGAUUUGGAGAGGCAGAUCCUAGCUGUGAAACCGGUGCCAGUGGAUAUUCUCAAGAAAAACAUCUACCAAUUCCAGGUUAUGCGGGCAGAUGGUGGUGGCCUUGGCAUUCUCUUUUUGUCAAAUUUCAGUGCCCAGUUAUGGAAGAUGGAGACUGAUUCUGAUGGCGUUGCUUCAUGGGUUCUGGGAAAAACUGUUGAACUGGACAUGUUACUUUCCCUGAAUACAGAAGAUGGGGAGUCCCUGAUUCUACAAGGGUUUGCUGAAUACAAUAAUGUGGUGUUCCUACGGACACACACCAACCUCUUCACGAUCCAGCUUGAGUCACUGCAGUUCAAGAAAGUUUUUAAACCCAACUUCAUGACUCACUAUCAUCCGUUCGAAAGUGUCUAUGCUGCAGGCACGGGCAUUGGUGGUGGACAUGAUGGAGCUGAACUUUUGCGCAAUACAUAA